CUCAAGUUUGCCCUGCGAGCCAAGGCCAUCAUAGACUCCGGGGUCAAGUUUGACCCCACGGGAUACUCGUCGUCUGCAUGGACUGUUAUAUCUCUCGGUCUGCAGUUUGCUCAAAAUGACCAGGACAGGCUGAGCUCCAUAUUUGACGCCGCGGCUUUCCUUGCUGGCAUCCUUCAUCGGUACGCUAACAUCGAAGCUCAUUACCGCGACCAGGAUGUGCCGGACGUGAUGGAGCUCGAGGACCGGCUCUGUUCGAGCUACGAGGCCAUACUCAGUUUUGUAGCCAUGGUCGAGGAGCAACGAUGCCAGCGGAUUUGGGGACGGGUAUGGUAUAAUCUGUACUCUUUAUCGGAGCAGCCAUUGCAGCAACUGAAGGACAGCAUUCUCAGCGCUGAUAAUGCUGCAGAGCAGUGGCGUCUGCUGAUCGAGCAUGAAUAUCGAUUGAAAGAGUCCGAGAUGAUAAACAAGAAGGUGGACGAGGCUUGCGGCAAGCUAGACCGAAUCUUGGACGGUCUAGACCAGACAUUGAUGGCGAUUAACCGGGGAAACCAGCUGCUAGAAAUGAUCCUAGUCCAUAUGGAGAGCAAGGGCGAUGUCAAGCAGAUGUCUGCUUUCUUUCAUCAGCGUGUGGCCGAAGGCUUGGAUCAGCCUACCAUUGCGAGAGUUGUCGAUAACAACGAUGAGAGUAAUGAGAGUAAGCAAGAGGAUCAUGAUUCAUAUCUUGACAACGAAGAUAAUCUCGACCGAUUGCUCCGGGAAGUAUUCGUCGAGCUUCGAGAAUUCAACCAAGACUCGAAGGAACACCAACGCAAGAUCGAACAGCUCCCGGAGAUGCGUCCUCACAAGACCAAGAAUCUUAAUCUCCUGCGGGCCGACAAAAUCAUGGGCUGGAUCGAGUCCGACACCUCACAGCUGCUGUGGAUCAACGGGAACGGGGUCAUCGGCCGAUGCGACUUCAACUCCCUGUUCGUCGUGCCGCUUCUCCUCUUCGGCGAGAGCAACUUCGAACAGGUCCUCAUCCUCCGCCACUUUUGUGGUGACAAUCCGUCGUUCAAGACAAACAAUUACCGGACCCUGGUGCAGGCCCUCGUGCUCCAGAUCCUCAAGCAGCGGCCCAGGGUUUUCCGCGGCCGCAUCCCGUCCAUCACCCGCAACCAGACCGACGACAUCAUGAAGCUUUGGACGCUCUUCCUCGAAUGCGUCCGAGAAGUCCGCGCUGAUUGCACCUUUAUCAUUAUCGACGGCAUCGAUUACCUCCAAGACGCCAACACUCCGGAAGGCUUCAGUGAGAGAGAACUCGUUCUCCAGAAUCUCGACGCCCUCGUUAAGGAGCGAGCGAUGUUGAUUAAGAUUCUGCUCACCUCAAGCCUCACGUCCGAUUUGCCCAGCUCGACCGAAGACCAACGGGCGCUCGUGGUCGCGUCGCGUUCGCCCGGUGCUGCGCCACGGCGGAGGCUGUCCCUCGCCAUCAUCCAGGACGAACUGCCCCUGGUGCCUCACAAGCUCAUCGAGAUCCAGGAGCGGAGGUGCCGGUCGCUGGGUUUCUCGCAGCUGUACAUGAUCUACCCCGAGAACUCCAUCAUUUACACGUCCAAUGACGGCCAGCUCCAGGCAUUAAUCGUGGAUCGGCUCAGCGGCAUGGAAGAACGCUCGAACGGCACGUACGGCGCACUUCAGAUCCGCGCCUGGUCUAUUGAUCACAACGGCAGGUACUUCACGAAACGCUAUCACGAGUUCUUGAUUUCGCAGUUUCCGGGCGAGAGAGCCAUUACCAGCUUGAAAUAUAUUCCAUCUGGGUACCUAGAUGACGAACCUGAGUAUCGCUCGAAACUGAUUGCACGUGGGCGACGGUACUGGGAGUUGGGCAGCGGCAUAUACUAUCGCCAGGUUGUGGAGAACAGGGAACCCAUUCGAAUUGUUAUCGACCAAAGUGCCAGGCCACUCAAGCCUCCAUCUGCCCAAGAACUCGAAGACGAGUUCCCAGUUGUCUCGCAACACAGGUUGAAACCUCGGAUAUUGAUGAUCUGUCCACCAACGAUAGAUUCAUAUGUGCUCGGCGAUGGGAAAUGGAAAACAGUAAACAUCGAUGAGGUCCAUGACGUUAUCUUCCAAGACGGCUUGUUCGACCAACUGAUCCUGCCGGAAAGCCAGAAAAAGACCAUGUCCGAACUAGUACAGUCGCAAACAGAAACCCAGAAGCCAUCUAGCAGCGACCCUGGCAACCGCGCAAGAAGCGGUCUCACCAUUCUCCUCCACGGCGGCCCCGGCACCGGAAAGACCUUUACAGUCACAAGCAUUGCGGAAAAGAUCAGGCGCCCCAUCCUCCUCGGCUCUGUAGGCGUGGGCGGUAGCAUCGCCGACUUUGAGCAGAGGCUCAACCAGAGUUUUCAGCUGGCAGAGCGAUGGGGGGCCAUCCUGCUGCUUGAGGACGUGGACUCCUUCCUGGCCGAACGCAAACACGGCGAGCCGAGCGACCUCGUGGCGACCUUCACCACGACCAUCCAGGCCAUCGAGAAGCACAGCGGCGUCCUGUUCCUGACCACGUGCCGCGUCGGCCUGCUCGACGAGGCCGUCUUCUCCCGCAUCGACUACAUGGUGCGCUACAAGCCCUUGUCGGGCGACGAGCGUCAGCGCAUCCUGCGCAUGGUCCUGGACAAGGCCCAGGCCUUCCUUGAACAGGGCAUCAGUCUCGAUCUGCGCGAAUGCGAACGGUUCGAGGAACUGAUCAAGGAAGACUUGAACGGCUGGGAUAUCCAGGCCAUCGUCCUCGCCGCGCGCCAGCUGGCGUCAAGGCAAGGUGCGCCGCUUGGAAUGGAGGCGAUAGAGCGCGUCUUGGAGGCUAGAACUGAGUUCGCGGACUAUCUUGGCUGUGUGCAUAAUAGUACGUCGGCGAAAAGAGCGCAGAGAAAUAUGUUUCGGAAUGAUACUCGCUGAGGGAAUAAAUGACGUUGCGAUGUUGUUCAACAUGUCCUGAGAGUUGCUAAGAG